AAACUGUCAAAGCCACCACUGUGACCUUCUCCAAAAUUGCCUUCAUUUUCUUCGAUUCUUCUUUCCCUUGUUUAUCUUCCCCAUAAAAGUUUCAGACUUUCUUGUCUCUUCUUACUCCAAGAUUUUGUUUUCCACAGUUUUUUCCGUUCUUGUUUAAUUUGUCUCAAUUCUCCCCCAGAAAAUACUAUUGCUUCUUUCUGCGCUUACUCAUACUUUUACUUUAGGUUGCUUAGAAAAUCCGUCCCACUUGCUUCUCCUUCGUGGGAAAGUUUCAGUCUUUCCGAACUGACCAUGAAUUUUCAUCGAUUCGACGAAACUCAGCCACAGUUUAAAGAAAGUGUAUCCAAGUUUGCGCAAGAUGUUAUCGCUCUUCAUGCUGAAAGAAUCGAUCGAACCAAUUCAAUUCCAAAGGAUGUCAACUUAUGGAAGCUAAUGGGUGAUUUCAACCUCCAUGGAAUCACUGCACCAGAGGAGUAUGGAGGUCUAGGUCUUGGUUACUUGUAUCAUUGUAUAGCAAUGGAGGAAAUCGGCCAGGCCUCAGUUUCAGUUGCAUUAUCUCACGGUGCCCAUCCCAACCUUUGCAUCAAUCAAUUGAUUCAGUACUGCUCAGAAAUUGGACAAGCUAGGAAUGCGGAGAAGCGACACGAAAUCCCUUUUUUCCUCAGGGGUAAAGUUGCUGACAUGUAUACUGCAUUACAGUCUUCAAGGUCAUACGUCUACUCUGUUGCUAGAGAGUGUUGUAAUGGUAAAGUUGACCCAAAGGAUUGUGCCGGAACUAUUCUCUGUGCAGCCGAAAGAGCAACACAGGUUGCUUUACAGGUCAAACACCCUUACUCUCCUUGCUUCUCUUUAAUACUAUCAGAUGUUGUGAGCAUGAAAUGCAAGGCUGAUAAGUUACGCUGAUUGUUGACUCUGCAACUGUGGACUAAUAACGAAAUAGAACUCAAAGUAGCAAAUGGAAGAAGACUUUACUAAUCCUACAUCUAUAUUAUAUAUGGGAACUAUAAAACUGUUCAAAACAACUGAAAGAACAUGUUCUACAACUGAUUUAAUUGACAUGGACAUCUUCUUUCAUCUUCUUAUAGAUCUUCCGAAUCUUCUUGAGGGUAUUCUUCAUCUAUUUCAAUUGCU